GUGAUCUCGUCCACAUACCUUACGGACACGCGCAAUCGACGGCUCGCGUCCAAAUACAAUCGACCAUGGGGGAGAAGAUCAUGCGAAGGCGACCAAGACGGAAGUCUGCACCUCUUCUUCCCAAGGUCCUGGCUGUGGCGAAACCUAUCAUGCGGUGGGGCAUCAUGCCCGCGGUCCUGCUGAUGGGCAUGAGGUCGGAGCCCAACCCCACUCUGCUGGAAGUCCUUUACCCCCUGUGAAUCGGGCUAACUCGCUGUAGUGUACGGCAUCUGCGUAAGGUAGAAAGGGUGCCCUGCUUGGAUCUCUCCAACGACCGCUGAGGACAACGAGGGAGUUGGGAAGAUCGGGGGCGGACGGGGGUAGAGAUUCUGCAAUCGCGGCACUACACCAUGGACCGCAACAACUUGUCUCCGAAAAUACUGUCAGGCCAAUCAUGCUCGGGCUAGCAGGCGCCAACCGCCAUUGCGGCAUGGGAUAUUCGGCUGAUCAGUUGAGGCGGGGCGAGGUUUAGCAUGAUGUGCCCUUCGCCAAUCCCUCAUACUUUCCCUCCGUAUUGAGCUAGGGGCACGUUCCAACACGUAAGCACCUAAUGGCUUGCCGGGGGGGGGGGGGGGGGGCGUUUGGGAUUCUAACAGAAGUAGGCCUUUUUUUUUGUCUCGGUUUCACACGACGCCGUGGGUGGCGUGUUUUUCUUGCAAACACUGAAGUACCUGCAGCGAGCCUCUUGCUGUUGUGAGCGAUAGGGGGCAAACCCGCGGUACGCCCUGCAUAACACGAAGUUCUUUCAACAGGCUUAGGCGUAGUCUUGGGGGAUCGUGCGCCUCGUUCGCGAAAUGCUGAUGCUUUGGGAGAGCUAGCGAAGAUCUACUGCUCUGGUGCAACGUGUUGCCAGUUGAGCAGCUUGUCGGGUACCAGUAUUAAGCAUGCUGUGGCCGUGCG